AUGGCUUCUCAGACAGCUAAGCGCGACCUGCGUAAGCAGUUGCGAUUGACUCUAAGUAAUCUCUCAUCGAGCUCCAUAGCCUAUCAAUCUGGGAUCGCUACGGCCAAAUUCCUCUCUCUACCCGAAUACCAAAAUGCGAAAAGCAUCGCUGUCUACCUUUCUAUGCCGAGCGGCGAGCUUUCCACAAGCAGAAUUGUCGAAGAUGCAUUCAAGAGUGGUAAAAAGGUGUACAUUCCAUACAUCCACAUGUCAGACAAGGUGUCUAUUAUGGACAUGCUAUCACUAGAAUCGAUAACCGAGUUCAAGUCGCUACAACCAGAUAAAUGGGGGAUCCCCUCACUACAGCCUACACAGGUUGUCGAUCGCCGAAACUGUCUGACCGAAGAUGGACUGGAUCUGGUUGUUAUGCCAGGCAUGGCGUUUGACCGAGGAUUCCGUCGCCUAGGUCAUGGCAAAGGGUAUUAUGACCAUUUCUUAACGCGAUAUUCCAAUCAAAGCAGGAUUAUGCCAUUCCUAGUGGCAUUGGCACUCCAGGAGCAAAUAGUCUCCGAAAAUAUUCCAGUAGUUGCGCAUGACUGGAUCAUUGAUGCGAUAGUCGUAGGGGAUGGGCAAUACAUGGAUCGCAGGUCGUAG